AGUAUCGUUUUUUUUCAUUCACAUGGAAGCAGGUGAUUUGAAAAUUUAGCAUUUUAUUCUUCUGAAUUCUGUACAAAAUGAAAUUAACGAAUCAAUUGAAUCAUGCAAAAUAUUUUUGGUGGGGUAAAGGUUGGGGUACAAAACCUCGAAUAAACACCGAUAAUUUUUAUUAUAAAAUGCAAUGGAAAGCCAAAGCCAAACGUCCUUUGGAAGUGAUCGAACAAACAUUGCCCGAAAACAUCAAACCUAUUGAUCCGAAUAUCUAUGUCCGACAAGAAAUAAAUCGAGAAUUUCAUAUUGAUCAUAAAUUUAAAUUACCGUGGCCAUAUUCUCAUCGACCCAUUAAAGGUACACCUGAAGAUCCAAAUUAUAAACAAGAGACGGCACUAGUUUUUCAUCGAAAUAAGCGUCUUAUCGAACCGAUAAAUUUACCACUUCAUUUUACCAAUUCAUUACUUGAAAAUGAUUUGCCUCAGUCUAUUCUGAAAUUUCAAAAUCAAAUCCAAUUCGAUGAUAAAUUAGUCGAUUAUUGUCGACGUAGAUUUGAAUGGUCGCUGUUUAACGAUUGUGCGAUGCAGAAAUUACCACUAAAUCGAGAGUUUCCAUAUUUGGAUCAAAAGCCACCACGUGUAUUCGGGACGACCAUAAAUCGAAAAGAAUGCUUAAUUCUUCAAACUUUAUAUGAAAUUUCAAAUUCAUGGACUGCUAAAACCUUUGGUUAUGACCCGAAUUUAAUUUCAAUGCGAAUAUCACGACCACAUUGUGUCUAUCCAAUACGAAGGGAUGAAAAAUAUGCCCUGCUAGAUUUAGAAUGUGAUUUCGUAACGAUAUUAUCGCCAACAUCACCAAACACAUCAUUGAAAUCGAUCCCAUUCGAUCCUGAUUAUGUGGAAAAUGCAUCAAACCGACCAUUAAAAUCCAUUUCGCCAAUUUCCUGGCAAGUUGGAUUUGAUAAUAAGAAUUUCUAUCCAGACGAUUUCAAAUUUAUUAUUCCUGCAAAAUCACAAAUUCAUACAAUAUUCUUAUCAAAUAAUAAUGUUCGAUUAUUGAAUGAUGAAGAUUAUCAAGGACAUGGUAUUAUGUUUUGCUAUGGCUAUGCUAUGCAACAGGCAAAAUUAUUGGAAAAUCAUGAACAAAAAUUUGUUCCACAAACAAUCCAAUGCCUUUACACUAGUCCAAAAGAUUCAAUGAAAAUUGGAUUCGUUUUAUUUCAAUUGAAUUCUAUUGCCGGUGAUGAUUCUAUGAUCCGAAAUCAAGUUUGGAUUAGUGAACCUCGAUCGGUUAUGGAUGAUACACGGGCCGUACUAAACGACCUAUUCACGAUACAAUCAUUUCGUGUGGCUAAUGCAUCAUCAUUUUAAUUGAUUUUUUUCUCAUUAUUAUUACAGUAUCUUCUGACUGGUUCUUUUGUUUUUUUUUUGUUUAAUGUGAAUAGAAAAAAAUGGC